UGGAGCUAUGAAGGGGCUGACGUUCAGCAGCGUCAGCUUUCUUCUCUUAUUCACCCUCUUCUCUCAGUCUCUUGCCGUAAAACACAAUGAUUUCAAAACAUGCUCCCAGUCGGGAUUCUGUCGUCGAGGACGUGCUCUAGCUGAACGGGCGAAUACUACUCCACGCUGGCAAUCCCCAUACUCUCUUGAUCCUUCUUCUAUUUCAGUUUCGUCCAGCCAGGCCUCCUUUACUGCAGGUAUCAAGUCGUCGCUAUACCCCGAUAUCAAGUUCGGCCUCGACGUGCGCGUGCAGGAGGAUGGUGUGGUUAGAGUGCGGAUGGAUGAGAUUGACGGACUAAGGAAGCGUUAUGACGAGGCUGCUGGAUGGGCGUUGAUCGCGGAGCCACUAGUCAACCAGGAUAUUACAUGGACGGUGGGGAAGAAGGACGUUCGAGCGACAUAUGGCCCAAAGAAGGACAUCGAGGUCGUCGUUGAGUUCCAGCCCCUGCGCGUAGUGCUAAAGAGGGGUGGCAAGGAGCAAGUCGUCGUUAAUGGGAGAGGUCUUCUGCAUAUGGAGCACUUCAGGACAAAGUCUGAAGCAAAGGAGAUCAAAGAGGGAGAAGAGGCCCAGGAGCCGAUGCAGGUCAACUCUCUCGCCUGGUUCGAAGGUGACUCUGAGGAUGGGUACUGGGAGGAAUCGUUUGGUUCGCACAAGGACUCAAAACCUAAGGGUCCCGAGUCUCUUUCUGUCGAUAUCGAGUUCCCGAACCACGGCCAUGUCUAUGGUAUCCCUCAGCACGCCACCUCGCUUUCCUUACCCACAACCACUGGCGACGAUCCAUUCUACAGCGACCCGUUCCGUCUGUACAAUGCGGAUGUCUUCGAAUACUUGGCUUCUUCUCCGAUGUCGCUCUAUGGUUCCAUUCCUCUGAUGCACGCCCAUUCUGCCGACUCAACUGUUGGCGUAUUCCACGUCGUCGCUUCGGAGACCUGGAUUGAUAUCUCGCAUCCUACUACGAAGUCAACGAACACCCACUGGAUCUCGGAAUCGGGCAUUCUUGACCUUUUCCUUCUGCCCGGUCCGACUCCGGAGGCUGUCUUCAAGCAGUAUGCUACCCUCACGGGAACCGCACCUUUGCCAGCGCAUUGGGCUUUAGCCUACCACCAGUGCAGGUGGAACUACGUCAGCUCAGACGACGUUAGGACCGUAGCCAAGAGGUUUGAUGAAGAGGAUAUGCCAGUCGAUGUCUUCUGGCUCGAUAUCGAGUACGCUGAAGAGCACAAGUACUUCAUCUGGGACAAGAAGACAUUCCCUGACCCGAUUGAGAUGACGAACGAUGUGGCUGCUGUUGGACGCAAGAUGGUCGCGAUUAUCGACCCUCACCUAAAACGCACGUCCAACUACCCUGUUUACGAACAAGCCAAAGAACUCGACGUUCUCGUGAAGAAGAGCGACAACAAUGAGUACGAAGGUUGGUGUUGGACCGGUAGUAGCUCUUGGGUGGACUUCUUCAACCCUGCCAGUUGGUCGUGGUGGGCUAGCCUGUUCAAGAUGCAAGAGGGCAAGACAUGGUCUUGGACCCAAAGCACAGAAGAUAUAUAUGUCUGGAACGAUAUGAACGAACCUGCUAUCUUCAAUGGACCCGAAAUCACGAUGCCGAAGGACAACGUCCACUAUGGUGGCUGGGAACAUCGUGAUGUCCACAACAUCAACGGAAUGCUCUUCCCCAACGUGACUUCCCAAGGGCUCAUCGCUCGUUCUGACCCACCCAAGCGUCCCUUCGUCCUGACUCGCUCCUUCUACGCUGGUUCGCAGCGCUUCGGCGCUAUGUGGACUGGCGACAACAUGGGUACUUGGGAGCACAUGGCCGUCGGUAUCAAGAUGGUCCUCGCCAACAGUAUCGCUGGCAUGUCUUUCGCCGGCUCCGACGUUGGUGGUUUCUUCGGUAACCCCGAAUCAGAGAUGCUCGUUCGUUGGUACCAGUGGGGUAUCUUCUCGCCAUUCUUCCGUGCCCACGCGCACAUCGACACGAAGAGGCGUGAACCGUACCUUCUGGAUGAGCCAUAUAAGAGCAUGCUCAGGGAUAUCUUACGCUUGCGGUACUCGAUGCUCCCCGUAUGGUACACUGCGUUCCGGGAGACCAGCGCUACUGGGUUGCCUGUAUUGCGCCCUCAGUAUGUGAUGUUCCCUCAGGAUACCAACGGGUUUGCGAUCGACGAUCAGUUCUAUGUUGGCGGGUCAGGCUUGCUCGUCAAGCCAGUCACGUCGCCUGGCGCUAAGGAUGCAUCAGUCUAUCUCGCCGAGAACCAGGUUUACUACGAUUACUUCUCGCACAAGGCCUACCGCGGCUCUUCAAAAGGCAAAUCCGUGACUGUUCCCGCAGAGCUCCACCAAGUCCCCGUUCUCAUCCGUGGCGGCUCUGUCAUCCCUACACGUGAACGGCCUCGCCGCUCCUCCCCUCUCAUGAAGAACGAUCCCUUCACUCUUCGUGUUGCUCUUGGUUCUGCCUCUUCCGCUCGUGGAGAACUCUACCUCGACGACGGCGUGACGUUCUCCCACGAAAAAGGAGACGUCGUCUUCCGCGAGUUUACUGCCGGAAAAGCUGGCAAGGGUAUCCGUAUCUCUUCCACUGAUCUCGCCGCCGCACAUCCCGGCGACGUGGCACUCUCGACCUACGACAAGCAGAAUGAUUUUGUGAAGAGUAUCGAGAAGGUCAAGGUGGAGAAGAUUGUCGUCCUUGGGUUGGGAGUGAAGCCUUCGAGUGUCAAGAUUGAGGGUGGGGAGCAAUUGGAGUUUGAGUUCGUUGAAGGUGUGGCGGCGGAUGGGAAGAAGGAAGGGGUCGCGAGUGUGUUGACGAUCAAGAACCCGGGGGUGCUUAUCACGAAAGAUUGGGAGAUUGUCGUUGCCUAAGCCCUGAGCGGUGUAGGGUUGCAUGGAGCACGUUACCGUGAUUGUUUGGUAGUGUAUAGUUAUCUCGGAUAGAAAUUCCUUAUACUUCCUCGGAUGAGCGUAUGGGCCACUGUGGCCCGGCGUCAGUCUACUUG